UACGCAUGUUAUAUACGAACGUUGUAUUGACUUGUAUCCCACAGAGCUGAAAGUCAUGGCGAACGAGAGAGACAUCUGGGCGCCAUUUUCCGAGAAGUACAAAGUCCACGAGGAAUCGUACGAGUUCCUCAGGCAGGCUAUGGCAGCCAACAUGCGACCCUACCCCGAGCUGGGGGUCGAGAAAGCCAGAGAGCAGGCCGAUAUGAGGACCAAGUACAUGUGUGGGGAUGUCGAGUUCCAGGGCGAGGUCUCAGAGAUUAUCAUCCCGUCGCCUUAUUCCAGUGAGGGAAUUCCCGCUUCUAUUUAUAAACCAGCGUCGUCACCGGAAAUUCCCGUUAUUUUGGUGUACUUUCACGGCGGUGGUUUGGUCGUUGGGACGCGGGAUAUGAAUAAAGGUCCGCUGAAGAUUAUUGCUCAGGAAUCGGGUGCUGUUGUAGUGAAUGUAGAGUAUCGCCUUCUGCCCAAUCCCGACGCUGUAAUGGCGCCAUUCGAUGACGCGGUGGUAGCGACGAAGUGGGUAUUGGAGAAUAAGGAAGUCGUCGGCGGGAAACUUGGGAGUAAGGUUGGCGUGGGUGGGGACAGCGCUGGGGGUCAGAUCGCUGCCAGCGUGACCAAUGACGUCACGGGUCUGGAUUUCCAGAUCCUCGUCUACCCCAUGACGGAUACCACCCUCCGGCACGAGUCGUUCCAGGAGUUCAAGAAAGUCCCGGGGCUCAAUGAAGACGCUAUUAAAUGGUUCUUCGAGAACAGUCUUCUCCAUAUCCCAGACUACACCACCAACCCCCGUGUCAACGCCAUGGUGCGGACCAACACGGAGGCCUCACCCCCGGGGCUGAUACUGCUGGCAGAGUUGGACCCCUUGGUUGGGUGCGGCCUUGACUACGCGGAGAAGUUGAGGGCAGCUGGGGUCAGCGUGCAGGUCGAGGUCAUCCAGGGUGUGCCUCACGCAUUCUUCUCGCUGAGGGAAAUCUUCAAAACGACAACUCAAGAGGCGUAUGCACACGUCGUCACUUUCUUAAAGAAACGUCAACAAGCUUAACAUUUCCUUUGUGUUUAGAUUCUGUAACAGACUUGAUAUUUAUGUUUUUGAAUUUCAACAGACUUAUUUUGUGUUAAGAUAUUUUUACAACGUGACAUUUGUAUCUGCAUUUUUCAAUAUAUUUUUCCCAAUGUUUUCUUACAUAUUUUAACAUUCCUACAAAUAUGUAAACGUUUCAAUCUGUUAAAGUGUUGUAACCAGCAAAGUUCAAGCUAAUUCUCGAGUUUUGAUUUAAUCAGUAACUUAAUUUAUGGUUUCACACAUCUACUACACACUAAAUAGUAACUUAUGAUAAAUUAUUUUAGUAAAAACUGUCCUUGCUUUUAAAAACCUAUCACAGACUGAGAUUCUGGAUACGAAAUACCUAUUCUAUUUCAAUACAGCUGUAGGUAUUAUGUAAUUAAUGUAAUUAAAUUAAUCAGCUGCUUGCAAUUGC